CCUACGCCGCGUCCGACGAAGCACCACGUUAAUCUGUUGUCUCGUUAGUCAGUUAUCUCAUCAUACCGCGAUGGUUUCGACCUUUGUGCUAUUACUGACUGCUCUGGGCGUCAUCGGUGUAGUGAAAAUUAUCUCGGUGUUGCAUCGGAUGUACUUUUACUGGAGGAAGAAGGGUAUGCCUUACCUGCCAAACUCACUGUCGUCCUUCAUAGCGUCUUCGAAACUGUUUUUGGGCCGCAUUUCUUUCGCCGAUUAUAAUCAAUACAUAUACAAUUACUUCCCAAAUGCUAAAUAUUUUGGAACCAAUAAUUUCGGCGUUCCUACCAUACUUAUACGUGAUCCUGAGCUGAUUAAAGACGUAAUUGUGAAAGAUUUUGAUCACUUCCCGGAUCAUCUCACUUUCAUUGAUGAAAGCGUAGAACCGCUGUUCGGUAAGAACGUCUUCGCCUUGCGUGGAGACCGUUGGAGAGAAAUGAGAAAUACACUGAGUCCUUCUUUCACCGCCAGCAAAAUGAAAUUCAUGUUUGAUUUGAUAUCGAAGUGUUCUCACGAUUUCGUCAAUUAUCUGGUCGACCAUCCGGAGCUCUGUCAUACGAUCGAAACGAAGGAGGCCUUUCGACGAUACACGAACGACGUAAUUGCUACGGUAGCUUUUGGCAUAAGUGUAAAUUCCAUGAAGGAUAAAGACAAUGAGUUCUAUACGAAGGGAAUAGAGGCUACUACCUUUACCUCCGGACUGUUAACGACGAUUAAGAUCACGUUUUUACGCGCGUAUCCACGGCUUUCGAAACUAUUAGGUCUAACAUUUGUCCCGGCGGCAACGACCAAUUUUUUCAGAAAGGUCGUGGGGGAAACUAUCAGAGUGCGAAAAGAGCGAGAUAUCGUCAGGCCGGAUAUGAUACAUUUGCUAAUGCAGGCUCAAGAGAAGGACAGUGCCGGUGUACCCAAGAUGACACUAGACGACAUCGUUUCUCAAGCGUUUAUCUUCUUCUUCGCUGGCUUCGACACCUCGUCAACCCUGAUGUGUUUCGCUGUUCAUGAACUAGCGGUUAAUCAAGAUAUUCAAGAUCGUCUGCGCCAAGAGGUACAGCAGCAUCUUGCCGAGGGAAACGGUGAGAUUACUUACGAAGCCCUGUCGAAGAUGUCUUACAUGGAGAUGGUGGUUUCCGAGACUCUUCGAAAGUAUCCACCUCAGGUCUUCACUGACAGACUUUGCUUUAAGAAAUACGAACUGCCUCCAUCGCAACCAGGCUGCAAAAGUGUAAUCGUCGAGCCUGACGAGACACUGAUGAUUCCUGUAUACGGUUUACAUCAUGAUCCACAAUAUUUUCCGAACCCGGACAAGUUCGACCCCGAAAGAUUUAGCGAGGAGAACAAGGACAAGAUUGUACCAUACACUUAUCUACCAUUUGGUCACGGACCUAGAAAAUGUAUCGGGAAUCGAUUCGCUCUUAUGGAGACCAAGAUCCUGAUAGCACAUCUUUUACAGAAGUUUACUUUGAAGACUGUAGAAAAAACUGUCGAACCAGUGGUGUUCUGUAAAAAUGACUUUUCCUUGAAACCUAUUGGCGGUUUCUGGCUUGGUUUAGAGAAAAGAGAAGCGUGAAAAUCUUAUGCAAAGUAGAAUUCUAUAGUAUAAUUUUGUAAAAAUAUUAUCAUGUUUCCAACUUAAACAUAUUCUACGCUUUCAAAAGAUGAAGUAUAGAAUAAGAUCUAUUUGUUAAAUAUCACACUGUUAUUCAAUGCACAAAUAGUAUGAUUAAUUUAUGCUAAUGUAGAGUAAAAAAAUUGAUAAAUAUUGACAUUUGCUUAGAAUUUCGAUUCUAGGAUACAUACGCUUGUUACUUUUAAUGGGCAUGACUUAUAUAAUUAUAUAAUUUCAUGACCUGUAAAAUCUUCACUGCUCGUUCAUUGAUACAGUAGAGAUAUGAUAUAGGUAGUUGAUUAUAUAAGAACGAAUAUUAUAUCGCGCAAUCGUUUAUCGCAUUUUUUACUUUAAAACAAUUAAUUUACGUUGAAUUUUUGGGCAGUGUAUCGCAAUAUUAACAAAUGACGCAAAUGGUACCAAUAUACCAUAUGACGCAAUACACGUAUUAUGCGUAUUAUAUGCGUAUUUAUAUUUAAAAA